AUGGAGGUUGCAAAUCCGUACCAAGAGCGAGACAUCGAGAGGGAAGAAACUCGCAGUUUAAACCAGGCAGCCACACAAAACGAAGAAGAAACCGCACCGCCGCAUGCUGUCAAUAUUGCAACUAGAUGGAAUGAAUCGAAAACCACAAUAUGGAAGGUGACAGCUACGUUUUGGUGUAUGUUGGUGAUGGGAGCCAACGAUGCUGCGUAUGGAGCGAUAAUACCAUAUCUGGAGCUCUAUUAUCGUAAGAGCUAUACGAUCAUUUCACUGGUUUUCCUUGCGCCCUUUGCCGGCUACACAGUCUCGGCCGUUCUCAGCAAUUUGAUCCAUCAGCAUUUCGGCAGGAGAGGCAUCGCCAUGAUUGGGCCUGGGUGUCAUUUGCUUGCCUUUGCAAUUAUCUCGAUCCAUCCACCUUUCCCUGUCCUUGUGACUAUGUUUUUAUUUAUAGGUUUUGGCAGUGGCAUUCAAGAUGCAGCUUGGAAUGUGUGGGUUGGAAACAUGGCGAAUUCGAAUGAGGUCCUCGGGUUUAUGCAUGGAUUUUAUGGCGUGGGAGCAACGGCGAGUCCCCUGAUUGCUACAUCCUUGAUCACCAAGGCUGGUUGGGAGUGGUUUAAUUUUUACUAUCUCUUGGCUGGAGCAGCUGUGAUUGAGUUUGUCUACGCUGUUAGUGCUUUCUGGAAUGAGACCAGUUCAAAGUACAAACAAGAGAGCCCCAUUUCUCCCGGCAGAGGAGGAGGCGCAUUCUCUCAAACGCGUCUCGCCUUGACAUAUCAGGCUACAUGGACAUGUGCUAUAUUCCUCUUUCUCUACGGCGGUGUAGAGGUAGCCAUCGGAGGCUGGAUAGUCGUUUUCAUGACAAACGUCCGCGACGGCAGCGCAUUUGCAUCGGGAAUGACGGAGACAGGUUUCUGGCUGGGGAUCACCGUCGGUCGAUUCGUCCUGGGGUUUGUAUCGCCCAGGCUCGGAGAAAGACUGGCUAUUGCCAUAUACCUCUCCCUUUCCAUCGCGCUCGAGCUUAUCUUUUGGCUCGUGCCUGAUUUCAUUGUUUCUGCGCUGGCUGUGUCAUUUGUGGGCUUCUUUUUGGGAACAAUUUUCCCUUGUGUUGUGGUAGUGGCAACACGUCUGUUGCCGAAGCAUAUUCAUGUUGCUGCUAUUGGGUUUACGGCUGCGUUGUCGAUGGGGGGAGGCUCUGUUUUCCCGUUCAUGAUCGGCGCGAUUGCGCAGGCAAAGGGUGUCAAGGUUCUGCAGCCGGUUUUGCUGGCGAUGCUGGCUGUGGCGUUGGCAAUAUGGGCAGUGUUGCUGAAGUUUUCUCAAUAA